AUGUUGCCUCCAUCAGACUCUUUGCGACACCAUCUAAGUAAGCUCGCCGAAGUCCGGGCAAAUCGCAACACUUCUUCUAUAUCUACGUCUGCCUCUACUUCCACUCUAGGCACAGCUCCACCCCCAUACACGUUGUCUGUGACCAGACCCAGUGGCACAACUGUCAUGAGCGUGGAUCAGAAUGACAUGGACGAGCCAUGGGCUUCCCCAAUCAAUAUUUACAUCGACAACUCGAUCACCAUAACUGGUGACGAAAACACCAUCAUGGUGUCGCCUUCUGGAGUUGAAUCUCCCACUGAUUCAACUCCCCAGGAGGCCCCAACAUCCCCCCGUAUUAACUCUAUGGCGGCUGUCAUCAUCGCUGCACUGAGCCGCGCAAAUGCCCUGAACGACGAUGUGGGCUACCCCCGGCCCAUCAACAUUCGCGCUCUCUCGGGCGUUCGGGUCAACGGCCGAAACAACAGCAUUUGCGUCGGGCGCGAGGCUUGCAGGUCUGAGAAUGAGACUGACGACGCCGGCGAAGAACGAGGCGGCCGCAAGCGUCGUGCCAGCUCGGUUCGUACUUUACUUCGCAAAAGAAUCUUCAAGAAGUUUUAUCACUGA